UGCCUGGGUGGGGUUUAGGUUGAGGAGAGGAUGUGACUGCAAAGCCAGGAAGCUACGGGGAAAGUUCAUAUUAAAACGCACAAACAAAAGCCAGGUCCUCGCCGUGCUUGGCGAUGCUUCUGGGGCAGCCGUGGUGAUUUGGACUGGGCCAGGGGCCCAGCCGAGCAAAGAGUUUGCUCCCAAGCACACGUGAAUGACCUCAGUGACGGACAUCCCCUCCUCAGGAGGAAAGAGCUGGAACCAGCCUCUGACCCGUCCCGGGCCACAAGGACAGAGAGUGAAUCCUGCCCAGCCCUUGAGGGACCAGUCUGCUCGGCCAGAGAGCCCCGGGGAGCCGUGGGCGGCAUCAGUGUCCAGCAUGCCUCGCGGAGGCCCCGGCCAGACCAUGGCAGGAGCCUGCGACAGGGCCCCUGACUUCCUCUCCCCAUCUGGAAACCAGGUCCUGUGGCCUGCCCUGGGCAGUGUGGUCACUCUGAACUGCACGGCCUCGGUGGCCUCUGGGCCCCACUGCCCCUUGCCCUCGGUCCAGUGGCUGAAAGAUGGGCUGCUGCUGGGCAAUGGAAGCCACUAUGACCUCCAUGAGGACUCCUGGGUCAAGGCCAACUGGUCAGAGGUGCUUGUGUCCAGUGUCCUGGGGAUCAACCUGACCAGUACUGAGGACUUCAGGACCUUCACCUGCUCUGUCCAGAACAUCAGCUCCUCUUCCUUCACUCUUUGGAGAGCUGGCCUGGCUGGACAUGUGGCCGCGGUGCUGGCCUCACUCCUGGUCCUGCUGGCCCUGCUCCUGGCAGCGCUGCUAUACGUGAAGUGUCGACUCAAUGUGCUGCUCUGGUACCAAGACACGUAUGGGGAGGUGGAGAUGAACGACGGGAAGCUCUACGAUGCCUACGUCUCCUACAGCGACAGCCCCGAGGACCGGAAGUUCGUGAACUUCAUCCUGAAGCCGCAGCUGGAGCGGCGUCGGGGUUACAAACUCUUUCUGGACGACCGCGACCUCCUGCCGCGCGCGGAGCCGUCGGCCGACCUCCUGGUGAACCUGAGCCGCUGCCGGCGCCUCGUCGUGGUGUUGUCCGACGCCUUCCUCGGCCGGGCCUGGUGCAGUCACAGCUUCCGGGAGGGCCUGUGCCGGCUGCUGGAGCUCACGCGCAGACCCAUCUUCAUCACUUUCGAGGGCCAGCGGCGCGACCCCGCACACCCUGCGCUCCGCCUGCUGCGCCAGCAUCGCCAUCUGGUGACCCUGCUGCUCUGGAGGCCCGGUUCCGUGACACCUUCCUCCGAUUUUUGGAAAGAGCUACAGUUGGCGUUGCCACGGAAGGUGCAGUACAGAGCGAUGGAGGGAGACCCCCAGACCCGGCUGCAGGAUGACAAGGACCCCAUGCUGAUUGUGCGAGGCCGGGUCCCAGAGGGUCGGACCCUGGACCCGGAGCUGGACCCUGACCCUGAGGGGGACCUGGGUGUACGAGGGCCUGUCUUUGGGGAGCCAGCAGCUCCACCGCAUGCAAGUGGGGUCUCGCUUGGAGAGGGCCAAGGCAGUGAAGUGGAUGUGUCGGACCUUGGCUCCCGAAACUACAGUGCCCGCACGGACUUCUACUGCCUGGUGUCGGAGGAUGAUGUGUAGCCCCUGCCCCCUGGAGGAUCACCAGGGACAGCGGGGGGUGGGGCUGGGGUGUUCUUUUCCCACUCAGCGGGACCACAAGCCCUGUCUACCUGCAGCCCAGGGACCUCGGGGAAGAGAGUGGGCCCAGCGACCCUCCUUGUGCCAGAAAUAAAGUCCUUUGGAAU